AUUAUCCCUAGAAAUUAUACCCCACUGACUCCCUGCAAGCAGGAGAGUGGGGGUACAACCCCUCCAAAAGGUCUACCUUCCUCGCGUUUCCAAGAUGGGAAAACGAUUGAUAGGAAGCCACCAAUGCAAAGAUAAUGAGAAGUUAACGUGACGUGGGAGCACAAAUUCUCGGGUUUACAAAGACAAGGCGACCAGGUCUUUCUGUUCUUUGCAUCUAGAGAUCUAAUUAGAAAAAGAAGUUCUACUUUGUUUAUCUUGAAAUUCAGAUUUCAGGGACAGGUAAUUUCUUUACUUUUUAUCAAUUGGUAUGGAGAAACUACCUUCAUAGAUCCAUAAAGAUCUGAAUUUUAGGUGAAACCCAGUUAAACUAAGUCCAGGGUCCCAGUUUAAACCUCCUCUAGAUCCUGUCCGUGUGGAUGGGUGAAGAGGGAAGUGAUGCAGAGAACAAAGCUAAAACAAGUCCAAAACUAACACUAUUGCCUCUUAUUGCUCUGAUAUUCUAUGAUGUAUCGGGGGGUCCAUUUGGUGUAGAGGAUUCUGUGAGGGCUGGAGGUGGCCCUUUAUUGUCUUUGCUUGGUUUCUUGAUAUUCCCUUUAAUUUGGAGUAUACCAGAAGCUCUAGUCACAGCAGAGCUUGCCACAAGUUUCCCUGGGAAUGGUGGGUAUGUUAUUUGGAUAUCUUCAGCUUUUGGUCCCUUCUGGGGUUUCCAAGAAGGAUUUUGGAAAUGGUUUAGUGGGGUUAUGGAUAAUGCCCUUUACCCUGUGUUGUUUCUUGAUUACUUGAAACAUUCAUUCCCUAUUUUUAACCAAUCAAUAGCUCGAAUUCCUUCUCUUUUAGGCAUUACAGUUUCUUUGACAUAUUUGAAUUACAGAGGUCUGCAUAUUGUUGGAUUUUCAGCAGUUUCCCUUGCUGUUUUUUCACUUUGUCCAUUUGUUGUAAUGGGUCUUCUUUCCAUUCCUCGAAUUAGGCCUAAACAAUGGCUAGUUGUAGAUUUUAAGAAAGUAGAUUGGAGGGGAUAUUUUAAUUGCAUGUUUUGGAACCUGAAUUAUUGGGAUAAGGCUAGUACUCUAGCAGGGGAGGUUGAAAACCCUAGCAAGGCAUUCCCAAAGGCACUUUUUGGCGCUGUGAUUUUGGUGGUUUCUUCAUACUUAAUUCCACUUCUUGCUAGCACGGGGGCAUUGAAGUCGCCUUCUAGUCAAUGGAGUGAUGGGUACUUUGCAGAAGUUGGGAUGUUGAUUGGAGGGGUUUGGCUCAAAUGGUGGAUCCAAGCAGCUGCUGCUAUGUCUAACUUGGGAUUGUUUGAAGCAGAAAUGAGUGGUGAUGCUUUUCAACUUCUUGGUAUGAGUGAGAUGGGAAUGCUUCCAUCUAUAUUUGCUUCAAGGUCCAAAUAUGGAACUCCCACCUUUAGCAUUUUGUGCUCUGCUACCGGAGUAAUCUUCCUGUCUUGGAUGAGUUUUCAGGAAAUCCUGGAAUUUCUGAACUUCUUAUAUGCUAUAGGAAUGCUCCUUGAGUUUGCGGCUUUCAUAAAAUUGAGGAUAAAGAAGCCAGAACUCCAUAGGCCUUAUAAAGUUCCCCUGCAAACAUUUGGUGCAGCACUGCUUUGCCUGCCUCCUGCUUUGUUACUUGUUCUGGUUAUGUGCCUGGCUUCUAUGCGGACAUUCUUAGUUAGCGGUGUGGUUAUUCUUCUGGGGUUCCUCUUAUAUCCGACUUUAGUUCAUGCCAAGGACAGGAAAUGGGCCAAAUUUGAUACAGAAGAACCGGGAUUGCCUUCCAACACAUCACGGGAAGAGAACUCGGUUUUCCUACAUCCACAUCAGCAGGUAGCAGAUGAGGCUUCAGUCAGCCUUCUUUCUGAUUUGCCAUCAACAGAACUGGGCCAGGAAAGCUGUGAAGUUUUGGUGGAAGGAGUUCUAAAAUCCGAAUGAGAAUCUUUGUAUAUUUUUGUACUGGUAAUCAUACACAAAAUUCUGCUCAAUACUCCCACUAAUUUAUAAAAUAAGAUUAUGAUCUUCAUGACUUGCAAA